CGCAGCAGCUGUGUUGUCAGGGAAGUGACUGCCAUCAGGAGACUGCGAGGUGGAAGGUGCAGGAGGGCGGAGGUGUGCAUGUCAUUUCUGGCUGAUGGGAGAGUUGGCGGUGCCGGACCCUGGAGAAGAGCUGUAAGGUAUAUUGACCUUAUCACUGUGAGCCUGUAAUUUCACCAAGUGUUUCAUUCCAACUCUGUAGAACUCUCCAUACAAGAGAUCUUCCACAACCGUCAACAUGAGUGCAAUUCUGGAAACCCCUGAGAUGCCUGCCGUCUUUGACGGGAUGAAGCUGGCGGCCGUUGCUGCCGCCCUUUAUGUUAUUGUGCGCUGCUUGAACUUGAAAAGCCCAACUGCAUCUCCAGAACUCGUAUACCAAGACACUCCUUUAACUCGCUUCCUGGUGAAAUCUUGUCCUUUACUGACCAAAGAGUACAUUCCACCUCUCAUCUGGGGAAAAAGUGGACAUAUCCAAACGGCACUAUAUGGAAAGAUGGGUCGGGUCAACUCUCCAAACCCGUACGGUCUGAGGAAGUACCUCACCAUGCCUGAUGGAGCUACUGCAACCUUUGACCUCUUUGAGCCACUAGCUGAGCACUGCACUGGAGAUAAUGUCACUAUGGUUAUAUGUCCUGGAAUAGCCAAUCACAGCGAGAAGCAGUAUAUUCGGACUUUUGUGGACCAUGCUCAGAAAAAUGGAUAUAGAUGUGCUGUGUUGAAUCACCUCGGAGCUUUACCGAAUAUUGAGCUAACAUCUCCACGCAUGUUUACGUAUGGUUGUACGUGGGAAUUUGGAGGAAUGGUCAACUACAUCAAGAAGAUGUUCCCUCAGACCAGGCUAAUCGUUGUGGGGUUUAGCCUCGGUGGAAACAUAGUGUGUAAAUUCCUUGGUGAAGCUUUCGCCAACCAGGAGAGAGUCAUGUGCUGUGUCAGUGUGUGCCAGGGGUACAGUGCUUCCCGGGCACAGGAAACAUUCCUACAGUGGGAUCAAUGCCGACGCUUUUACAACUUCCUCAUGGCUGACAACAUGAAGAAGAUCAUUCUGUCUCAUAGACAUGCUCUGUUUGGCGACGCCAGAGUGAAUAAAAUCUUUGAGGAUUCAGUCAUAAGCCGAUUGUACACAGCUACAUCUCUCAUGCAGAUCGAUGAUACCAUCAUGAGAAAAUUCCAUGGCUACGAGACCCUUAAGGAGUACUAUGAAGCGGAAAGUUGUGUUCGUUAUUUACAGAAUAUUCACAUUCCUCUCAUGUUGGUGAACUCGGUGGAUGACCCACUAGUCCAUGACAGUUUGCUGUCCAUUCCUAAGGCUUUGGCCGCAAAAAAAGAAAACGUGGUGGUGGUUUUGCCGCUUCAUGGUGGACACCUGGGCUUCUUUGAGGGUGCUGUACUCUUCCCAGAACCCCUAACCUGGAUGGAUAAACUUUUGGUACAGUACGCCAAUGCCAUCUGCCACUGGGAGAAAACCAAACCACAUUGCUCUGAUGCUGAGCUAGUAGAAACGGAUCAAAAGUAGACUAAAAGCACUUAUGUCACCUUCCCAAAGACUUGCCUAAAGGAUCGCCCUUUUUAAACAUGUAUAGUACUUUACUAACAAUUAGUCGAUUUUUUGUUUUUGUUUGUGAUACUGUGCAUCACAAUAUGGCUCUACCCAAGUUAUCUUUGCAGUAAAGCAAUCGGGGAAGAGGCCAAGACUCCACUGUGAGCCUUCAGAGUUCCUGUAUUCUCUUUAUGAUUGGUUACUGCAUUGCUUUAUGUAUUUGCUGGUUUCAACAGCAAGGCCAUUAUGUUUCCAGCUAUACUGUCAAAUAUCUGGGAAAAACCUAGAUAUGUUACAUAUGUGUUCGAGUGAGACCUUCAGUGGUGAUUGUUCAUUCCACUUGGAGAUCAGAGAAGAAAAAUUCACACCUAUGUAAUACCAGAUGGAAUCAUUUCAUUUUGGUAUUUGUCAAUCUGGGAUUUCAUGUGUAGCAUAGUUAUUUCUGCAGGUGCAAAUAAUUGUGGGAUUGUUUUGUUGUAGAAUAAACUCCUAGCUGGUUCAGAAUUUUUUUUGGCCUUGCUGGUUAAAGGAAACUUAAAAUGUUAUCCACUUUAAACAAAAUAUUAAUCUUCGCCUAAAGGGACUUAAUCAUUCAUGACACUCUUAUAAAAAGCCUGUUGUAUGUGAAGUCUUUCCCGUACUCCUGAAAUAGUUCUAGGGCACCGACUUUGCUUCUAUCAGAGCUUUCUCGCAUGGGUGUCAUGUAGGGCUGCAACUAACGAUUAUUUUCAUAAUCGAUUAGUUGGCCGAUUAUUGUUUCGAUUAAUCGGAU